GAACCACGAUACAAUCUAGUGAUGUGAUUAAAAAACCGGCGAAUAUUUCGCCAAAUAUAAAAAAUAGUAAAACACUGCAAACUUGACCCGUUUUAAAGUGCAAUAUUUUAUUUUUGUAACUUUUAACAAAAUGACGGACUCAGUACUUAAUGAUGUGAAUGUGGAUAUGUUACACAAAUCUCCGAGGCACCCCGGUGGGUCCAUGGACACGGAAAUGGCAAAACGGCCAAUACCCGAAACCUCAAGCAGAAGCAACGAUUAUGUCUAUGUAAACAGUGCGUAUACCGGAAGCCUGAACAGUGUUAAUACAAAUAUAAGAACUGACCCUCCGACUAGCGUAGUUCGUGAACAAUACUGCGUGUGUUCAAAAUGGCCUGUCGGGCAGCGCGUGCUAGCUAUAGCAGUAGGUGCACUCGUGGGGACUGUCAUCGGGCUCAUUGUCAGUGUAAUUCUCCUAGGAACAGAAAAUGGGAACAAAGUCGGCUUUUUCAAAUAACCUCUUCAAUAAAACGGAAGUAUGUCAACUUGGUCUACAAACUACCGUCCGGCUUUAAAUAUAACUUUCGUACUUUUCGUAGUACAAUUAAGGGUUUAAAAAAUUAUACCCUAUAGUUAGUGGAUUUCGUUGUGCUCUCAAGUACACAACGUAAACCCUUUACUACUACUAGGGUCUAGUAAUAGGGCCUUGCUUCAUCUUCUUGAACGUCCUGAAAUAGAACGCUCAGGGGUACGACUUGGUAUGACGUCACAAAACUAAAAAAAAACUAGCUAAUAAGAUACUUAUCAUUCAUAUUAAAAAAUCUCAUAAAGAAACAUGAAAAUUUACAUAGGUAAGUGAGCUUUUAAUAAAGAGCGAAAUUUUCGCAGCACGGCAGUGUGCACUUAGCCUAAGUGCCUAAUCGUAAUUUAAAAAAUAUUAUAAGUUUCUCUUUGUUAUUGAUAAUUAACAAAUUUUAAUCAAUACGAAUUCGGUCCUAAAUUGAUAACUUACACUACAAAGUUGUCCGCAAUAUCAUAAUUGGGAAUUCAAUAAUUGAUUAACUUUUGUUAUUUCUCUAAAAAUUACACUAACAAAGGUAGUCGAGAAAUGCAGAAUAUUAGUCAAAGACGGUUUCUGAACAACACAGACCUGCCCUGCAGGUCGCCAAGCCUCCGUUCGGCCGUCAAUGGACUUGCUGAAUGAAAUGAAAACAUCGACCCGUCGCCAUUGUUAUAGUAAUUUAUAUUUAAAAAAAAAGAAAACGUUCAAUACGAAUGACACCACCUACUCUAACUGCACGUUACUUAAUCUUAGUUUAAUUAUUUAAUUUAGUUGUGCUAAAAGAAAGCUCUCCCAUCCAUGAAUGUUUGUACUUUUUAAAAAUUAUGACUGCUAUUUGGAUGAUAGUGUUAAGGAUACAUGAACAAUUAUGUUAAGACUGAAUAUUCGAAGAUCAAU